AACUGCAAUAGUAGGAUCCCAGUGCAAAUUUCCUGCCCACAUGAAAGUCGACUUCUUUAUUACUAUUAUCAUCAUUGUUAACUCAACAAACCUUCUGAAACACAUUAACCCAACCAACCUAACUAAGAUGCACAAGGAGCACCGUAACAAUCGUCUUAACACUAAAUUCUUGCAAACGUUUUAUUCAAAAGGGUCGAGAAACAAGAAAAGUUAAGGGUUGUGGUUGGAUGUGAUGAAUUUGAAAGAAGUCGCAUACGGGCAAUCUAGGGGUAAAACUAAGUUAAAGGUGGGUCAUUUUUUGCUAGCUUAUGAUCCUAAUUGCCUCUCAUAAAUGUUGUGGUCCCAACAUGAUAUAAUGCGAGCAAAAAAAAAAAAACACAACAAGAAAUCGUCAGUUUUCGGCUCCAACCUCACAUAGGCUGCUAACUAUGCAUGAUCAACUCAGGUGAACUCGAUUAACUUUCUCUCAAGUUCAGUCCUACCUUUCAAGCAAUCAUCAAAAUCAUGUGGUUCAACAACAUUCAAGCACUCAUUUGCCGUGUUGCAAAUCUCCAUAUCACAUCUCAACAUCCAUGUUAUACACAGCAUCCAUUCACCCCCUAAAUCUAACAAAACUAUCACAUUCUGAUCUUAACAUCAUCUAAACAGUCAACACUACCUCCUCUAAAAAGUGAAAGAAGGAUACCUCCGGGCAGAAAACUAAAGCCUGGAGGAGGGGCCAUAUGGGCUUGGUAAGCCGUAGCUGCGGUACAAUAAUUCCAGCCUCUGGCUAGUGUGCUUAUACACCCUUGAAUGGCCCGAUCGGACACUUGUAGCCCUGACUGCGCGAAAAGGCUUCCAACACGCGCUCGGAAUCCUCGAUUUCUUUCCAUAUCUCGGCGUUUUUGGCUGAACAAGCCGCUAUCCGCUCCUUGUGGCUCCGUUUCUUCAGCGGUGCCACGGCUCCUAGCUUUUUCAUUUCCACCAUGGCUGAAAUACCACCACCGAUGAUAUCGCGUUGCGGGCUGUCUCCGGCGAUGCAGCGACGUCUGUGAUUUGUUUAGGGAUUUGGCCUUUUGGGCGAAGGAAAGGAAGGAGCGAAUGAAGAAGCCCGCGAGCGAUAAUGCAAUCAGAAUUUAUAAGUUACCAAUAGAUACUAGAAGUGUUUGAAGUGUUCCGAAAUGACCUCUCUUUCAUCCAUAGACUCCAAAAAAACUGCUCGGGUUUGAGCUCCCACAGUUUUUCAACCCAAAAAUCCGUCCAGCUCAGUGAUCAAGCCCAAAAACCAAUUUCUGGUUCACCUUGUUUGAUCGGGGUUAAUCGUGUUUCGGUUCAGAGCUCAAUCAACUGAUGUUAACACAACUGAUUGUAUUGUUGUUUUAGUAAAUUAUAAAAAGGAUAAUAAGAUUCGAUGUCAGUACUAUUCUGUAAUUAUUGACUAUAUCCAUGGAGACUAUUGUCGGAAGAUUUCACUAAGUCCAAUUUUCUAUUUUUUGGCCGGUCGAAUCUGGCAAGUGUGCCAGUAUACUCUCCCUACUUAAGCUAGUAGCCAAAAUUCAACGCUGGGAAAGACGGAGGCCGGAGCAACUAAAACACUAGUACACUACUCAUCGAGGGAGAAGCCAACGAUGAUCGAUCGAUCGAGAAGCCAUUUUUAAGCCUAUAAAAAGCUUGGAAACUCAUCUGAAAGAAAGCACUGAAUGAGAAAUAUGAAAUACAAUGGGGUACUAUUACUCCUCAUAUCCUUCUGCAGCCCCAAUGAUAUUCAUAAUCACACUCCUCGUCGGGUUCCUGAGCGCGGCUACUUCCCAUAAAAAGAUCUGCAGCACCGUUCGGGUGGACGACCCGACGACGUUCUCCGGUUUCGUCGAUCAAGCUCUCAAGAUACUGGUGGUAUUCACAAGUUACCCUCCGGUUCAGGGAAAACCCACCGGCCGUGUGGUAACCUUUCCUCCGAUGUCGCCUCGCGGUGCAGUUGAAGGCCGGUCCACUUGUGAGGAUGGCGUCAUCGGUGCCGCUUGCAAUCGUUGUCUUGCUCAUCAUGCGCGGCAUUUGCAGAAAUGCAAAAACUUUACUAGUGGAGGAUCUGCCUAUGAAGGUUUGUGUGACCUUGAAUUCCAUCAAAUCUGAAUACUCUGCCUCUGAUCAAUCUGAUGUCAAAGCUUUGGAAAUCAUGAAAAGCCACGGUUGCUUACAUCCAGCCUGAUAAUGCAUACAACAACUAAUACAAGCACAUCAUGUGGCGUUAAUACAGACGUUCGUGAUCUUAUCUUUGCUCCAUUAUUUUGCUUACAUUUAUUUAUUAUCUUGUCCCUAUGUUUUCUUUUCAAGCUUACAGUACACAUACCAUACAUUACUUUUCAAGCUUGCUGUACACAUAGCACGCUUUCCUUGCAAAAUGACAAGAGCAGACUCUUUUUUGUCAUGGUAAUGGUUUGAGAUGAUACCACUUACCUCAGAUAAAAAGCAGCAAAACUUCCAACUUGAAUACAUAUGCCCUCUAGUAGGUGACUAUCACUCAUGAGAUAACUAUCUUACUCGAGAAGCAUAAUGUGCUAUGGUGCUAGCCCGCUAAAUUGAUUCACUAUCAGUGUGACAAAUCGAAAUAACUACCUGGUCUGGAAAAUGAUAAUCUAACUCAAAAUCACACUACUCUCUCUCGAUCCACCGCUCGCUUCCAUAUACAUGGGUGCCAUUGGAGGAGGGCAUAACUGCAAGUAGGCAUCACACGAUAGUUGACUUCUUUCAUUACUAUCAUCAUCAUCAUCAUUUCAACAAACCUUAAGAAGCACAGCAAAUGAACCAACCAACUAUGAUGCACGAGCAACCUAACAAUCGUCUUAAUGCUACAUUCUCAUUGUUUCAAAAGGGUCAACAAACAAGAAAUAGGUCAGGUCCAU